UAAUUCCCGCCAGUAGCUUAUGCUAGCUGUUACAUGAAAUAAAAAGCCACAGUUCGAUCGUUUGUUUUAUAUUUUAGCUCUUGGUGAAUUAUUUUGGUUUUGUGUUUAACAGAAUCCGAUCUAAAGCAUUAGAAAAACCUUAGUUUGUUUCCCAGCCGAUGUUUUUGUGAAUUAAUUAUUAGACGUUGAGUUAGCUUUUGAUUUAGCUAACUUCUGAAUUUUGCUAAAAAUAAACGAGUGUUUAACUUGACGUGUAAACCUUUAAAUUUAUUUCUAAAGCUUCAUUUUGAAUUGAAAAUGAAAGUUGCUGAGGAUCAAGUUGUUGAGGAUGAUACAGGCUUCCAGGAUGAUGAGGAGUCUUUCUUUCAAGACAUUGAUCUUCUGCAGAAACAUGGGAUCAACAUGGCGGACAUUAAGAAGCUGAAGUCGGUGGGUAUUUGCACGGUCAAAGGCAUCCAGAUGACCACACGCAAAGCUCUGUGCAACAUCAAGGGCCUGUCGGAGGCCAAAGUGGAGAAAAUAAAGGAAGCUGCAGGAAAAAUGCUGAACGUGGGCUUCCAGACGGCCUUCGAGUACAGCGCCAGGAGGAAGCAGGUCUUCCACGUAACAACCGGCAGCCAGGAGUUUGACAAGCUGUUGGGCGGCGGCAUAGAGAGCAUGGCUAUUACAGAGGCCUUUGGAGAGUUUCGCACAGGAAAAACCCAGCUGUCUCACACGCUCUGUGUCACAGCCCAGCUGCCCGGCGAGGACGGCUACUCAGGGGGGAAAAUUAUCUUCAUCGACACGGAGAACACCUUCCGCCCAGACAGGCUGAGGGACAUCGCUGACAGAUUCAACGUGGACCACGACGCCGUGCUGGAUAACGUGCUCUACGCCCGGGCCUACACCAGCGAACACCAGAUGGAGCUGCUGGACUUCGUGGCGGCAAAGUUUCACGAAGAAGGAGGAGUUUUCAAACUGCUGAUCAUCGACUCCAUCAUGGCUCUGUUCCGGGUGGACUUCUCCGGCCGCGGGGAGCUGGCCGAGCGGCAGCAGAAGCUGGCCCAGAUGCUCUCCAGGCUGCAGAAGAUCUCUGAAGAGUACAACGUAGCCGUGUUCAUCACCAACCAGAUGACGGCGGAUCCUGGAGCAGGAAUGACAUUCCAGGCGGACCCAAAGAAGCCGAUCGGCGGUCACAUCCUGGCCCACGCCUCCACCACCCGCAUCAGCCUGAGGAAGGGCCGCGGAGAGAUGAGGAUCGCCAAGAUCUUUGACAGCCCCGACAUGCCGGAGAACGAGGCCACCUUUGCAAUCUCCGGGGGCGGAGUCACUGAUGCCAAAGAGUGAAGGUUCAAAUCCGCCCUGUUCACGGCUCACCUGUCGGCUCACCUGUCGGCUCCUAUAUUUAUUAGUUAAAAGUUGUUCGGUUGUACUCUAAUAUUUAUACAAAUGUGUUACAUUUAUUAUAUUAUUUAUAUAUUUAUCACUCAGUGACGGUGUUUCUGUCUAAGAGAAGUUCAAAUAAAUUAAAAACCUGUUAUAUAUGGGACUUU